AUGCCUUACACCGCCCUUGUCAUGUAUCCCAAUGAGUCGGACAUCCAGUUCGACGAGUCCUACUAUAUGAAGUCCCACAUGCCCCUCGUCGAGGCUACCUGGAAGAAAUACGGCCUUCUCAGCUGGAAGGUCACCAAGUUCCCAGCUGCUCUUGAUGGCUCACGCUCCGAAUACUUGAUCAUGGCUUCUCUGGAGUGGGAGAGUCAGGAGGCGUUGCAGCAAGCUCUCAAGGACGAGGGCAGUGCCACAGUCUUUGGUGAUAUCCCCAACUUCACCAACAAGAAGCCUAUUACUCUGGCUGGAUCCAACCUUUGA